AUGCAGAUGCGGGGCCUUCCACAUGCCCACAUCGUGUUCAAAAUCGAAGGCGAUGGACCUGUUCAGGCAGCAGACAUAGACUCCAUCAUUCGAGCUGAUAUCCCGUCGAAGGAAGAGGCAGGUGGCAGAUUAAGGGCGUUGGUUCUGAGACAUAUGGUUCAUGGUCCUUGUGGCACGGAUCACAGAACCGACUUCCCUUGCUGGGACUCUGACAAAGGUAGCUGUACGAAAUUCUUCCCUAAGCCUCCCUGUGAAACAACCCACGUAGAUGAAAGAGGGUUUGUACAAUAUCGGCGUGAUUACAAUAAUGAAGGGAGUAUAACGUCAAGGAACAGAUCGAUUCCUGUGCAUGACGGCUGGGUUGUACCGUAUAACUCAGCAUUGCUUCUAAAAUAUGAGGCACACAUCAACUUAGAGGUAGCUUCCACUCGACGAGUGAUUAAGUAUCUAUUUAAAUAUCUAAUGAAGGGUGGCUCGCUUCAGAACGUCAAAGUUACUCCUUUGAGUAAACAAGACGAUGAAGUCGAGCACUAUGUGACUAAGCGUAUGGUGGGAGCCAGUGAUGCAUGCUGGCGUCUCUUGGAUUUCCCAAUAUCAAAGUCUGAGCCCACCGUUGAAUGUCUCCCUGUUCAUCUAGAGGGAAAACAGAAUGUGUGUUUUCGACCUAACAACUUGACACACGCCACUUCUGGAGCUACCUCUGACUUGAUCUUUUAUUUCAAUAGGCCUCGUGACCCAAUGUUUGACAAUUUGACGUACCAGUGUUUUUUUGAACAAUACAUUGUUCACAGCAAACGUCCAAGUAGUGCUGAGGUUUACGAACAUCCAGACGGUAAGCACUUCUUAACUUCCAGAAAACGUGGCCAAAAGAUCUGUCGACUCUUCUGGGUUUCACCAAACAGGAGUGAGCAAUAUUUUCUUCGGCUGUUGCUCAUGAUAAUACCAUGCCGUGGUUACGCCGAUCUGCUCGCUCGAGGUGGUGAUGGUUGCACUACAUUCCAACAAGUAGCACGCACCCUCGGUUUGGUUGAAGAUGAGGACGAGUACCACCAGGCACUGAAGGAAGCUGCUCGAUUUAUGGUCGGCCCGAGGCUCCGCUCUUUCUUUGUUCUACUUUGUAACAUGGGAGCUCCCGCGGCCCUCUUGUGGGAUGCUUUCCGGGAUACAUUGUGUGAGGACCAUUUGGAGCGGAAUCCUCUUGAUCACGACGUUGCUUUCAAGCUGGGUCUGAUUGAAAUCGAUCGAAGUCUUCGCCGUCAGGGAUCCUGCUUGGCCGACCACGGUCUGCCCAUUGUAGAUGACGACACGACCGAAUUGGGUAGGGAACUACUCAUCUACGGUGAGAAUCAACAGAGAUCACUGGUAGAUGAGUGGGAACCAAAGCUUUCCAACGACCAGAGAGUGGUGUUUGAUUAUGUAAGAUCGAUAUUACAUGGCCAGGUUGGUAGUCGGUCCAUAAAACUUAUCUUCCUCGACGGACCUGGUGGCUACGGCAAGACCUUCUUAAUUCAUGUGAUCCUCGCAUACGUUCGUAGUCUUAACAGGGUUGCUAUUGCUGUCGCUAGCUCCGGCAUUGCUGCUGGUAGUCUGCCUGGUGGCACGACAGCACACAGUAUGUUUAGGCUGCCACUUGAUCUCGGCGAUGGCACUGGGUAUUGGAACUUGACCAACGGAUCUCAGCGUGCAGAACUCAUCAGAGCAGCCCAGCUCAUAGUUUUUGAUGAGGCCCCGAUGGCUCACCGGUACAUUUUUGAAAUCAUCGACAGAUCUCUGCGUGACCUCAUGAAUUCACCUGAGCCAUUUGGGAACAAGAUCUUCCUCUGCUGCGGAGAUUUCCGUCAGAUCGCACCAGUUGUAGCUAAAGCUCGUACUCCAGCAGACAUUGCUUGUGUGUCACUGUGUGCGUCAUCUCUGUGGUCAAGCUUCAAAAUCUUUUCCCUGUCCACCCCUCACAGAACUUCUGGCUCCACUGCGUACUCCGAGUUUCUCCUAAAAGUAGGCAAUGGAACAAUUAGAUCUGUAGAUUUUGAAGAAGGCCGUGGCUGCUCAAGUCUGAUUCCUUUGAGCGGUAUUAGAUAUGUGACAUCACUUCACGAUUUAGUUGACUUUGUAUUCCCCGUUUGUGACCUGAGCCAUACAGAUAGAAUCGCAGGCCGGGCUAUUCUUUCAACCAUGAACACCAAUGUCCAGCAGAUCAACAACGCCGUUCUUAAUCUGACUGACGGCUUCGUUCAUGAGUUGAGAAGUGCUGAUUCCGUGGACAAGGAGCACGACGACGGUAUGGAUGUGGACGUUCACUUGUUGAACCAGGCUACUGGCAAGGGCGUGCCAGACCAUGUCCUGCGACUCAAGAUUGGCUCCGUGUGUCUCGUCAUGAGGAACCUGAACAUUGACAGCGGACUCGUAAACGGCACCAAAGUGAUCGUGACCGCUAUUAGACCUCGUCUGAUCACGGUGCGACUUCCUGGACAACGCGAUUCGAUUUGUAUUCCCCGGAUUCAAUUCGUUUUCCCGUUUGUCGAGGGGUCUCCGCUUCGCGUCCGCCGUCUCCAGUUUCCUCUCAUGCUGGCCUAUUCCAUGACUGGCCACAAAAGCCAGGGCCAGACGAUUGAUCGUGUCGGAGUCGAUCUUCGCAGUGACUGUUUCACGCAUGGUCAACUGUACGUCCUUCUCAGUAGAGUCAGACAUCCUGACGACAUCGUUGUUCUGGUCCAUCCUGACAGGGUCCACGAAGGAGUUGCCUAUGCAAAGAACAUUGUAUACGACGAGCUCCUUCGUUAA